AAUGGCCACCAUUGACGCUCAACACUGAUUCAAGUGAUGGACUUCUUUGAUCCCCAAACCAUUACACUGUUCAUGCUCUCGGCUAAUGAACGAAUGGCAGUCCAACUUUCUCUCGCGGGACUCUCCUUUCUAAAUAUCGCGGUGUUUCCUUCUGUUUUGUAUGUGUGUGGCAGGCGUAGUUUCAGGCAAGUCUAAGAAAGGUGGAGACUUUCGGGAUAACUUCCUGUACAAUAAUCUUGAUAUCAUUAGCUACAAAGAUAGGUUUGUUUGGCUGUUCAAGCAAAGACGAAUGGCUUAAGUAACGUUGUGCUAAACUUGAUUAUCGGGAUUGAAUUAAAUACACAUACAGUAGCUAGCAUUCAAGCUGCUAUAUAACUCAAGCAACCGGAUAGCAGAUUCCAAACAUCUCAUAUAUCGAGACGGUCCUGGCCACAUUGAAGGACAGUAUGGUAGAGGUUGUGGUGGAGUAUGAGUACGAAGCCCUCCAUGAAGAUGAGCUGACCCUGAGGCUGGGAGAAGUGAUCAGGAACGUCCGCAGGAUGGAGGAGGAGGGAUGGAUGGAGGGAGACCUCAACGGGAAGAGAGGACUCUUCCCUGACAACUUCGUCAAGGAGAUGAAGAAGGAGCUGAAUUUGACAAAAGAGGAGGCCAAGGAGGAGGCGCAGCCCCAGCGGAGAGAGAAGAGUGCAGGGAACGUGGCCAACCUGGUCCAGCGGAUGAGCACCUACGGCAUCCCAGCUGGGGGCUUCCAGCCACACUCACAGCCCCGCGGUCUCAAGAAGAGUAAGUCAGAACCUAAGAAGCGGCAGUGCAGGGCGCUGUUUGAGUACGUGCCCCAGAACGAGGAUGAGCUGGAGCUGAAGAUGGGGGAUAUCAUCGACAUCAAUGAGGAGGUAGAGGAAGGCUGGUGGAGUGGAACCAUGAACGGCAAAUCAGGACUGUUUCCCUCCAACUUUGUCAAAGAGAUGGAGACGAACGCAGACGGACAGACAAAUGACUUAACAGAUGAAGCAGAUGCCAGCGGUAAAGAAGCUCUGCUCCCCCCCUCGCCCACCCACCCCUCUCCAGGCAAUGGAGUGAUCACCCAGCCCAAGAAGAUCCGGGGGGUGGGCUUUGGGGACAUCUUCAGGGAAGGCUCGGUCAAGCUAAAGGCCCGCCUGCCCAGCACAGAGGGAGACGAGAAGAAAGACAAACCAAUCCCAUUAUUACCAUCUGCCGCAAAGUCCGCCCAUUCCAACGUGACAGACUCACAGAAAGCAGAGGGGGACAGCAAAGCAAAAGUAAAAGACUACUGCAAGGCCACCUUUGCGUUUGAAGCCACAAACGAAGACGAGCUGACACUGAAAGAGGGUGACGUCAUACAGAUUUUGAGUAAGGACACAGGGGAGCCGGGGUGGUGGAGAGGGGAGAUCGGCGGUAAAGAGGGGGUCUUUCCUGACAACUUUGUGGCUGUGAUGUCAGACGCAGACAAAGAGCCGGCUCCCACAUCAAGAGGAUCAGUCAAACUCUCUCCCAAGCAGGAAGCAGAAGAGAGACCCAAGAAGCCACCCCCACCAUCAAAAAGCAUAGCUCGCAAACCCGAGGUCCCGUUGGCUGACAAGAAGCCCCUGCAUCCGCAUCCUGAGGACAGAGGUGACAAGACGGAUCAAAAACUGUCAAAGCCUACUGCCCCUCUGGUCCCGCCCAAGAAACCUGUACCUCCGCCAGGCAAGGGUAAACCAGGCGUCCUCCCCCCAAAACGCCCAGACAAGCCUCUCGCACCCUCCCUAGGGGCCAAGCACAAUGGAGAGGUGCCUUCCACACUUCCAAAGUCUGACUUUGAGCCAACGUUACCCAGCAAACCAAAAACGCUGUCGGGUGACUGGGGGGACAAAGCCCUUGACAUGGACCUGAUGAGCUUUGAUGAUCUGUCGUCUACCUCUGAGAAGCUGUCUCACCCCACCGCUAACAGACCAAAGAUGGCUGGCAAGAGGCUUCCUGCUCAGUUUGGAGGAGGCCACUCUCCAAACAAGGACAUCAGCGUGGAGAAAACCUUCAAGUUUGACGAAGAGGACCGCCCCAAGCCAAAGUUGAUAGACGCAAGAAAGCCAUCCAUGCCCAGCUCACACUCCCAAUCUCCCGUCCCCAAGCCCAGCCCAUCCCCGUCAGAGGGGCUCAAGGCCAGUGCGGCUUCGGCCCCUGGCCGCAGAAGCCCCAGCCCAGGCCCCAGCGCGGAGACCAAGCCCAAGGCAGAGCCAGAGGAGCGGAAGUCUGAGCUGCAGGACCUCAGAGGCCAAAUGAAAGAACUGCUGCUGUCUGUGGAGCUCCUCAAGACCCAGCAAAUGAGAGAGAUGGCAGAGCUGAGAAGCGAGCUGGAUGAGGAGAGGUUGAAACGAGUGGCCCUGCAGAUGGAGAUAGAGAAAUUAAAGAAGAUGGUUCAUUCGACGUGAAGUCUGACCCAAUCAGCCUGGGACAUCAGUCACCUAUCGGUCUGUCUCUAAGUAGAAACAGGAAGGGGACGAUGGCAUUCCUAUAAUACUUUUAGUUAUCAUCAACCUAUUCCACAUUUGUAAGAUUUACAUUUUUGCACAUAUUAAGGUUUUCUAGUUCUAGAAAGGUGUAAUUAAAUACAGAUGUAUAUGUUUUUUGUUACUUUGUUUUUUUUAGUUUUUGUUUUGCCAACACAAACGACCGAGGCCUUACUAACUACUGUGCUGGACUGGCAGUCUCUGCAUUCUCUAUGGGAAUGUGUGAGGGUUGCUCUCAAUACUACUGAUUCUGUAUAAAGCCAUAGGGGAUCCCUUUUUUUUUUUUUUUUUUUUAUGACUUGCAGGUAGUUGAUUUUAAAGAUGAUUCUGAUUUUCAGUUAAAGUAUCCAUAUUAGCCUCCUUUAGAUCAUAAUGAAUUAUAUUGUGAUAUUUCCCUGUUGCUAUAGCAGUGUUGUACUCCAUUGCUAUCGCAUAAGGGAUCAUUUUCUUUGUUGGUUUUUUUAUUCUAACAUUCCUAUCCAGGGUAACACUAUUGUGCCUGUUAAACACAUAUUAAAGUGUUAAUAUUGGGAGAUUACAUUUAUCAAACUGUUUAGACUUGCUGAUGAUAUGUAUUUGUAAGUUCUGACAAUGUGCUUAGACAUAUAGAGGGUCCUUUUUUCUUUUAAUUUUGUUCUUGUAAAGUACAUGUCACGUGGAACGGUUCUCUCAGAAAGAGAGUGACAGGUGUGUUAUAUAGAUCAUAUAUUUGGUACCAUCAAAUACAGCCAAUAAUAGCGCUACUUGAAAAGAGCACCAGUGGUUUAUGAGAUAAACCUACAUUUUAUUUCACGCCACGGUCAGAAUUGUGGCUUACUCAUUGAUUGUUGUUAUCUUGCACCAACUCCUGUACGCCAAAUUGCUUUGACCGCUCUUUUAUGAACCAUAUGCAGCUCUCUAAAUCUCUCUGUAGACAAAAUCAUGUGUGCUUUGAAGAGUGAGCAAUCUCUUUCUAACCUCCCAGAUGAGACCUGAAGUCCUGUAUAGCAGUGACCUUUGUGUGUUUCCAUGUUGUUCUGAAUGUGUCUGGUUCACACGUCUUUAUACUUGGACCAAGUAGAAACGUGGAGCAUGGAGGCCAACUGAGCACAUAGUCCAGUACACAGUAUCUCUGCCAUUUCUCAUUACUGUAAGUGAGAGGCUGAAUGGAAAGGCAUUGGGGAAGAGAUCUACUUGAUACAGAAGGGUUAAGCUCUGCACUGUACCUAUGCACAGCCAGCACCACUUUGUCAAUGAAACGUACGUGAUUGAACUCAACGAAGGACAAAGUGUUUUUGAUGGGAUGCGUUCAGUGUACCGGACAGACAAAUCAUAAAAGAAAUUGCCUUUGAUGAAAAGCAUCUUUGAGGUUGUCGCUAGAUUAUGCAGCAUUUUGUUGAUUCCUAACGUGUUAUUUACCCAUCAUGACCAGAAGGAUGUUUGCCUCUACUCCAGAUCAUCCUGAACACUGUGGAUGGCCUUCUUUCUCUACAUCCUUCUUCAUAUUCUUUUUUAGCAAGCUAAUUAUUUACAUUUUUUUCUAUAUAUAUAUAUUAGUACCAGUCAAAAGUUUGGAUUCACCUAGUCAUUCAAGGGUUUUUCUUUAUUUUUAUUAUUUUGUAGAAUAAUAGUCAAAACUAUGAAAUAACACAUAUGGAAUCAUGUAGUAACCAAAAAUGUGUUAACCUCUCUAGGCUAGAUGGGAUGCUACCGUCCCACCUGACCAACAUCCAGUGAAAGUGCAAGGCGCCAAAUUCAAACUACAGAAUUGUAAAUAUUUAACAUUCUUGAAAAUGCACAUGCAAUAUGUCAAAUUAAAGCUUGACUUCUUGUUAAUCCAGCCACGGUGUCAGAUUUCAAAAAGGCUUUACGGCGAAAGGAAACCAUGCGAUUAUCUGAGGACAGCACCCCAUCAAACAAACACAGACAAUCAUAUUUCAUCCCGCCAGGCGCGACACAAAACUCAGAAAUAACGCUAUAAUUCAUGCCUUACCUUUUGAAGAGCUUCUUCUGUUGGCUCUCCAAUAUAUGUCCCAUAAACAUCACAAAUGGUCCUUUUGUUCGAUUAAUACCGUCGUUAUAUCUCCAAAAUGUUCAUUUAUUUGGCGCGUUUGAUCCAGAAAAACACCGGUUCCACCUCGCGCAACAUGACUACAAAAUAUCUAAUAAGUUACCUGUAAUCUUUGUCCAAACAUUUCAAACAACUUUCCUAAUACAACUUUAGGUAUUUUUUUACGUAAAUAAUCAAUAGAAUUUGAGACAGGAUAAACUGCUUUCAAUAGUGGAUAAAAACAAAGUGGAGCGAGCUUUCAGGUCACGCGCCCCAACCACAACAGUACACUAGACUCGACCCUCGUUCUGAACAGCCCUACUUCUUCACUACACAAAGGACAAACAUCAACCAAUUUCUAAAGACUGUUGACAUCCAGUGGAAGCGAUAGGAACUGCAAGCAAGUGCCUUUAGAAAUCUAGAUCACCAUAGAAAACUCAUUGAAAAGAGAGUGACCUCAAAAAAAAGAAAUCCUGGAUGGUUUGUCCUCGGGGUUUCGUCUGCCAAAUAAGUUAUGUUAUACUCACAGACAUCAUUCAAACAGUUUUAGAAACUUCAGGGUGUUUUCUAUCCAAAUGAAUAAUAUGCAUAUCCUAGCUUCUGGGCCUGAGUAGCAGGCAGUUUACUUUGGGCACACUUUUCAUCCGGACAUGAAAAUACCGCCCCCUAGCCUAGAGAGGUUAAACAAAUCUAAAUAUAUUUUAUAUUUGAGAUUCUUCAAAGUAGCCACCCUUUGCCUUGACAGCUUUGCACACUCUUGGCAUUCUCUCAACCAGCUUCACCUGCAAUUCUUUUCCAACAGUCUUGAUGGAGUUCCCACAUAUGCUGAGCAUGUGUUGGCUGCUUUUCCUUCGCUCUGCAGUCCAACUCAUCCCAAUCCAUCUCAAUUGGGUUGAGGUUGGGUGAUUGUGGAUGCAGCACUGGGUCAUUGUCCUAUUGAAAAACAAAUGAUAGGCCCCUAAGCGCAAACCAGAUGGGAUGGCGUAUCACUGCAGAAUGCUGUGGUAGCCAUUCUGGUUAAGUGUGCCUUGAAUUCUAAAUAAAUCACAGACUGUGUCACCAGCAAGCACCAUCACACCACCACCUCCAUGCUUCACGGUGGGGACCAUAUAUGCAGAGAUCAUCUGUUCACCUACUCUGCGUCUCACAAAGACACGGCGGUUGGAACCAACAAUCUCAAAUAUGGACUCAUCAGACCAAAGGACAGAUUUCUACCAGUCUAAUGUCUAUAGCUCGUGUUUCUUGGCCCAAGCAAGUCUCUUCAUCUUAAUGGUGUCCUUAUUGGUGUCCUUUAGUAGUGGUUUCUUUGCAGCAAUUCGACCAUGGAUACCUGAUUCACUCGGUCUCCUCUGCACAAGUGAUGUUGAAAUGUGUCUGUUCUUGAACUGAGGCACAUUUAUUUGAGCUGCAAUUUCAAAGGCUGGUAACUCUCAUGAACCUAUCCUCUGCAGCAGAGGUAACUCUGGGUCUUCCUUUCCUGUGGUGGUCCUCAGAGCCAGUUUCAUCACAUUUUUCAAAGUUCUUGAAAUAUUCUGUAUUGACUGACCUUCAUGUCUUAAGGUAAUGAUGGACUUUCGUUUCUCUUUCCUUAUUUGAGCUGUUCUUGCCAUAAUAUGAACUUGGUCUUUUACCAAAUAGGGCUGUCUUCGGUUUACCACCCCUACCUUGUCACAACACAACUGAUUGGCUCAAACGCAUUAAGAAGGAAAGAAAUUCCACAAAUUAACUUUUUACAAGGCAUGCCUGUUAAUUGAAAUGCAUUCCAGGUGACUACCUCAUGAAGCUGGUUGAGAGAACCAAGGCAAAGGGUGGCUACUUUGAAGAAUCUCAAAUAAACAACUCAAAAUAUAUUUUAUAACACUUUUUUGGUUACUACAUGAUUCCAUAUGUGUUAUUUCAUCGUUUUGAUGUAUUCACUAUUAUUCUACAAUGUAGAAAAUAGUAAAAAUAAGGAAAAAACAUUCAAUGAGUAGGCAGUGUCCAAACCUUUUAACUGGUACUAUAUAUAUAUAUAUCUCACACACACACACACACUGAUCUCACAAAAUGGGAAAUUAUCGUUAUUCCUUCUUCACAUGAGUACACCAAGUCGUGUACUAUCCUCAGGCUUAGAAUCUUAUCCCUUAAAAGAAAACAUUCCUGAUCAGGGACUGUGCUUGCACGUGUUUGUGUAUGCAUGAAAGGAAACCUGAAAGCCUGUGUAUGUAUCUGUGAUGUUGGGUUUGGGGUUUGUCCUAAGUGUGUUUGGCCUUGUUGACUGGUCCGGGUAAAAUAAAGGGCAAGAUUACACAUUGAUCCCUAAAGCAAUAAUAUCUUUCUCUUUUCCAUCCCUCAAUGUUUCUCAUGGCUACAUUCUAAGUUGAGCUUGAGCAAAGAGUUAAUCAUGCAAAUAUAUAUAUAUUUGAAAAAGCUAUCCAUAUAACUGUCAUUCAGCUUAAUACUGUACAUUCAAUUAUUUGAUGCAAAGAAAAUAGGAAUUAUGUGCACAUUUAACAUCUGUUCAAGUUAUCUUGUUUACAUGUGCUGUAAAAUUGCAUGAACUGAGAUUCUUCCAAAAUGAAUAAAUAUAAUCUUUAUUUACA